GAUACUGGUUCAACUGAGGGCUUGGAAAUGUGGGAAAUAGACGAAUUCUAUCCGAAACGUGUGGAGGACGAGGUGGUACAAGGUCGUUUGCUAGACGGGGAUUGUUACAUCGUCUUGCAAACGAAACGCACCCCAAAUCAGACACUGGAUUGGGUUAUCUAUUACUGGAUCGGAUUAAACGCGUCUCGUGACAAGCAGACUUGUGCUGCGGUACACGCAGUAAAUCUGCGUAACUUCCUCGGGGCCGAGGGUCGCACAUUCCGUGAAGAGCAAAAUGACGAGAGCGAAGAGUUUCUUGCUCUGUUUGGUGGCAGUUUGAUGAUCCUCGAGGGUGCACAUGGGGAGACUGGAUUUUUCCAUGUGGAAGAACAAGGUGUUGUGGUCAAAUUAUACAGGCUUUUCGGAAUGGAGAAACGGUUAAUGAUUGUAUCCAUGCCAUUGACACCUCUGAGUUUGGAUCCCAAAUUCUGCUAUCUGAUUGAUGGGCAUUCGCAACUCUUCCUUUGGCUCGGAUCGCAAUCGCGUUUGAUGGUACGCACGAAAGGACGACUGCUUGCCGAAAAGAUAUCUGUCCGUGAACGUCGUGGUGAGGCAACCAUUCAUUUGGAACCGCAAGGUCGCGAAUCGAAUACUUUCUGGGCAGUAAUUAUGGGUCGCUGGGCUCCACGUGCAUUACCCAAUUUGGUCAACGUUUCCGAAACAGAGAACGGGUCUGGCAAUACUGCCGGUGCUAACACAUCCAAAACAGACGGAACCAAUGCGGCCAACAAUCAUCCUCCUCCACCGGAAGUCACUGCGCCUCAAAAUGUUCCGCGUGAUUUCAUUCCGGCUGAUUGGCGUUUGCCGCAACCUAUUUUAUACGACGUGCGCAUGGGUAAAGGUUAUUUGGAAUUGCCACAGGUUGAGCUUCCCUUGGGUCAGUUAUCGAAACGUGCAUUGGAUCCAAAACACGUGUAUUUGUUGGACAGCGGCGGGGAACUAUUUGUAUGGAUGGGCGAGAAGUCAACACGCUUUUUGCGAUUUGCCGGUUGCAAAUUGGCUCAGGAACUGACCGAUAUCAUGCCUCGGGGUUGUUUCGGCGGAGCCGAGUCACAAUUGGCCUCGGUUCUUGCAACCGCUUCCGAAUUGUCAUCUACCGCGUGGCUCACUUUUGUCCGGCCGGCACCACAAAUAUGCAGUCAGGGUGCAGAAAAUCAGAUUUUCCGGGCACAGUUCUAUGAUUGGGAGGAAGCCAUCGCUGUAGAUUUCACGCGCACCGUGGAGUCGGUAGCCAAGCGGGGAGUAGACAUGAAUGCCAUUCUCGAAAAGUACAAACCGGCAACCGAUCUACGCGCUCUCUUGACUCCACGAGAACGGGCCCUGGAAUGGGAUGAGGCGUUACAGUUGAUGUCUGACUGGAAUGAAGAACUGGUCGAACCUAUCGGCCCAGAUUUGAUCCCGAAUACUGCCUUACAACAAUUCAUCAUGAUUGAUGGCAAAUGGGUCCCGGUUGAGCAGCAGUGGUUCGGUCAUUUCUUCAAUCAAGACUCCUAUAUCGUUAUUGCUCGAUAUUGGGAUUUCGAUGAUGAGCAUUCUGCCGAAGACCCGGAAGGCGGUGCAAAUGCGGAAGAAGCGGACGAACUGGCAGAAGAGGAACGAACGAAAACUGUUGUCUACUUUUGGCAAGGUCGAGAGGCAUCGGAAUUGAACUGGCUCACCUUCAAUUUCUCGUUGCGCAAAGACAUGGAGACACGCUUAUCGACCAAUCCUAAAGAGGAUGGACGACCACUGAAGGUGGAAUUUAAGCGCGUGCGUCAGCAACAAGAAGAUCUCGUAUUUCUUGCGCAUUUUCAGCGUCAGUUAAUUAUUCAUUCAGGCCGAUACAGAGAUCGUUUGGAUCCUGCUAGAAGAGACAAGGUUCAAAUGUACUAUAUGAGAGCUAAUGGAAACGCUAUCUCUACCAGGUCAAUAGAAGUGCCACCUUUGUCGAACUACAUGAACUCCUACUUCUGUUACAUCGUUAAAGUGCCUGGAAUCAUAUUUUCCGUCGAUCGCAGUGCCGAUGAUCCUCCUCCACCUCCGCUCGUAUGGAUGUGGAUUGGUAAACACUCCCAUCCAAACGACAAAGAAUUAUUGGAGAAAAUUUCCAAACGGAUUUAUAAAGAUGUACGUUGA